AGAGUAGAGGGCCUGUCGGCGAGCAUUUGCGGCCCAAUUUGUAAGCCUUAAAAUGUGCAUCGAGGUGGGUUUAAGUUUUGAGGUCAGCGUUGGGCAACUGAAACUAUAAGCUUCAUCAGAUCUUUUUCUUCACCGGAGAUGGGAGGCCAAGACAAUGCAACAGCAUCAUUCCUUCCCGACAAAUCUGCCAAGGUGUUCGUUGCUGGUCACAGGGGUCUCGUCGGCUCAGCCAUCGUUCGCAAGCUAACCCAACUUGGCUUCACUAAUCUCGUUCUACGCUCCCAUAGCGAGCUUGAUCUCACUCGCCAGUCUGACGUUGAAGCUUUCUUUGCCUCCGAAAAGCCUCAAUUUGUUAUUGUUGCUGCGGCUAAAGUCGGUGGCAUUCAUGCCAACAACACUUACCCCGCCGAUUUCAUUGCCAUCAAUCUCCAAAUCCAGACGAAUGUGAUUGAUUCUGCUUAUCGCAAUGGCGUGAAGAAACUCUUGUUUCUGGGAUCCUCUUGUAUUUACCCCAAAUUCGCACCACAACCGAUCCCGGAAAAUUCUUUGCUUACUGGCCCCUUAGAGCCCACGAACGAAUGGUACGCCAUCGCUAAGAUUGCUGGGAUCAAAAUGUGCCAGGCUUACAGGAUUCAGUAUAACUGGGAUGCGAUUUCGGGUAUGCCGACGAACUUGUAUGGUCCCUACGACAAUUUCCAUCCCGAGAAUUCGCAUGUUUUACCUGCUUUGAUGCGAAGGUUUCAUGAAGCUAAGGUGAAAGGUGCCAAAGAGGUUGUCGUAUGGGGAACAGGAAGUCCAUUGAGGGAAUUCUUGCACGUCGAUGAUCUGGCGGAUGCUGUUGUGUUUUUGAUGGACAAGUACAGUGGAUUGGAGCAUGUUAAUGUAGGGAGUGGGAAGGAGGUAACUAUCAAGGAGUUAGCUGAGUUGAUGAAGGAAGUGGUGGGAUUUGAGGGUGAUCUUGUUUGGGAUACCACGAAGCCUGAUGGGACUCCUAGGAAGCUGAUGGAUCGCUCGAAACUUGCAGGACUGGGCUGGACGCCAAAAAUUUCGCUCAAGGAUGGGCUUGUUGAUACCUACAAAUGGUACUUGGAGAAUGUCAUGCUAUAAUGUAGUUUGUUAAUGGGAAUGUGCCAUACAAAAAUUAUAGGUACCUGUUUUUCCAUCAUGAUCUUAUUUUAGUUUUAUUCAUAUUGGGCACAAUAUGACCAGUGAUUCUGUAUCAUUUUAUGAGGAAUCAAUAUCUUAAUGCUAGCUUGUUGUAUCUCGUGAUAUUGUGACAAUCAACUGAGCUAUCGCUAAAAGCUCUACAUUGAAUCUUA